AUGCCAACAAAACGUGUCAAGGGGAAGAAAAAGCUCAAGUCGAUUAAAGCAAAACAAACGGAUGCCAUGGGUAGUAAACGUCGUUUAGCUAAAUUUGGUAAAGAACAACGCAAAGGAAUGCGUGGAUGUGCUGCAAAUUACAUUACAAGGAGUCAAGCAUUGAAACGAUUACAAAUUACAUUGAAGGAUUUUCGUCGAUUGUGUAUAUUAAAAGGAAUUUAUCCACGUGAACCCAAGAAAAAGACAGGAGGCAAGGAGAAGACGUAUUACUAUCUGAAAGACGUCAUGUUCGUAGCUCAUGAACCAGUUUUGGAAAAGUUUCGAGCGUUUAAAACGUUUAUGAAAAAGAUCAAGAAAGCAAUGGGAAGAAAGGAUUAUCAAGAAGCGAAACGAAAACAUGAGAAUCGACCACUGUAUGAAUUGGAUCAUCUUGUGAAAGAACGGUAUCCACGCUUUAUUGAUGCACUUGGUGAUUUAGAUGAUGCCUUGUGUCUUGUACACUUAUUUGCACUCAUGCCAACGGGAAAUGGAAUUCAUGCAGAAGCCACGAGUAUGUGCUUACGUCUUGUACGUGAGUGGCAGAAUUAUAUUGUGGUGACUCGAUCACUUACAAAGGUUUUUGUAAGUAUUAAAGGGAUUUACUAUCAAGCUCAUGUACAAGGUCAGACGAUGACGUGGCUUGUACCGCAUCAAUUCACACCAACUGUGGAUAAACGAGUGGAUGUGAGAGUUAUGCUCACGUUUUUAGAGUUUUAUCAAGUACUGCUCAAGUUUGUCAAUGCUCAAUUGUAUAUGCAGAUUGGAGUCGCGUAUCCUCCAAAGAUUAAUUUACAUCUUGAUUCAGCAGGUGCUCUACUUGCUGCGAUUGAAUUGGAGAGAACGAAGGAGGAAACGAUGAAUGAUACUGACGCGAAAAUGGACGAGGUCAUGGAGACUGACAAGGAUAUUUCGGAGCAGCAAAAGGAGUCGGAGAAGCGACUCAAGACGCUUGGUGGUGCGAUUGCAAAGUACACUGACCCUGUGGAAGAAGAUGAACAUGAUGAGGACGAGACGUUGUACGGCAAGAUGAGCGAACCGCUAGAGGCUGCCUUUGCAUCGAAUGAGCUGGCUGCACAAAUCUAUAGUGAGCAACGCAAGGAGCGCAGUGAGAAGAGUCUCUUUAGUGGUCUCACCUUUUUCUUGUCUCGUGAGGUUCCUUCGGCUUGUUUAGAAUUGGUGCUACGCUCGCACGGCGCUACCUUGGGCUGGGACGGCGCUGGUUCUCCGCUUGAUGAGAAGAACACGUGCAUCACGCAUCACAUUAUGGAUCGUCCUCAUCAGGGUCACCGAUACUUUAACCGUGAGUAUGUCCAGCCGCAGUGGGUGUUCGACUCAGUAAACAAUGGCAUCUUGCUGCCUCUGGCGCGCUAUGUACCUGGUGCAGACCUUCCGCCUCACCUCUCACCUUUUGUAGACGAUGCACAGGAAGGCUAUACCCCUGAAUAUCGCAAGGAGCUUGAAAAGCUGAAAUCAGCCUCACAGGUGCUGCGCGAGGUUGGCGCUGUUGGCGUCGAAGGCGCAUCAGACUCGGAAGAUGAGGACGCUGAGGAGAUGGAAGAAGCAUACGCUGCUGGUCUUAAGGCCGAAGUGGACGGCAGGACUGUUGAAAAGGAAGGUAGUGACAGCGAGGAGGAGGAAGCAGAAGAAGAGGAUGGUAAGAAGGAGGACGAGGUUGACGACGAUGAUGAUGAGACCGUUGAAGAGGAAGAAGACAAGUCGUUGUCUCUUAAGCGCAAGGCGGACGUGGUAACUGCAAUCAAGAAGUCCAAGCGUGUUAAGAAGGAAGAAGAUGCCGCCGAGCUCAAGGAGCUAGCAAAGACCAUGAUGUCGAAGAAGGCCAAGCGUCUCUACGACCGUAUGCAGUACGGUCUGGGCAAGAAGGCUGACAAGAUUCAAAAGCUCGAGGACAAACGUGCCAAGCUAGAGGCCGAGAAGGAGAAGAGCAAAGUAGCCGAAACGUCGACCAAGGUGGGAUCCAAAAAGCACAAGCGGAAGCACAAGGGUGUGAGCGCCAAGUAG